AUGAUGGUGGGAACUGAAUCUCAGGACGAGGCGAACAUGCGUAUUCAGCAACUGCGCGAAAGGCUGGAGUUGUACAACGCUACUAUCAAUAGGGUUGUGGGUGCGGGAUCAGCUAGCACAACUAGCGACGGAGCUGCUAAGCGGAGUGAGACGCCCAAGAACGGCGCCGCGGUAUCGAAUUCUUCAAAUCAUAUCGAUACACAUUGCUUGCUCCCCAAAGCAAUGGCAUUCAACACUGCCUCUCAGAAAACCUAUGGUCCAACUAAAUUAGCAUCACAUCUAAAGAAAACAAAUGAUAGCAGGGGUGGUAACACAUUGAAUUCGCUCAAAGGUCCGACCGAAAGCCCUAUUAAAAAAAAUAAGAAACUAUCCCUCCUUAAAAAGACACUAAAUGGUGAUGAGAAAUCCCACACGGAAUUCACUGCGUUGGUAUCGAAAGAGCAUAUCGACAAAGAGGGUAAAUCGGAACCGGCACUCGCGGCACCUACGGUGUCCGUGGCCACCGCUAAGUCCCUAACACCGGAACCGGCAGUAUAUUCUGAUUUUAUAGAUACCGACGAAACGAAGGCCUCCAAUACUGGUGAAUCACCAUCAGUGCCCUCCGCUACAGUUAAUGAUGAUACUCAGAGGAAAGCACCCCUGGAAACCACCUGUAGGAACCAUACCCACCAAACGCCAUUUGUCGGUAGCAAACCCAUCCAAGGCUCUCCAUCUAGUCGCGUUCCGCCAAUCCCAGCCGUCUUUCAGACGUCAAGUACGUCAAGUAUGCGUCCAACCGCGGCGCAUCGUCUAUGGAACCUCCCUUCCACAACGGGCGACGCCGGACAUGAAGAGGGUGAGCACAAAAUUAAUGAAAAUAAUGUGAGCUCGGAAGACACCUCCACGAACGAGAUUGACAGCGAAAACUCUUCUAGCGGUGAAGAGAUAUUUAACAAGUUUUUAGAGAAAAUACUGGCCGUAAACCCUUCGAUGGAAAACGCGGUGCAAGAAACUUUGUCGAAUUCCUACUCUUUCCUAAAGCACACGGCGUUUAGGGAAGUUCAUGCUAAUCGUAAAGCGGGCAGUGAAAAAAAUCCAAAAAAGGUAGAUCGCUUCACGCCAUCACGGACAUCGGCGAAGCAUCUGGAUACGCCGGGAAUCACAGGGCGAGCGAACCUUCCCAAUCGCGAUCCCUCACGUUAUAGCAAUCCUCAAUCUACCCCAACGGAACCCAACUCCUCCACGUUUUUAUCCAAAUCAGCCUCCGAGCCCCUUUCCCCAGUACGCGAAGUGGAGGACAUCAAGAGCGAACAUCACCCUCUCCGUCACAAGGAAGGGCCACUGUUGAGUGAGGCCUCCAAUGACACAGGGAAGGUCCAACCCCGAAAGGUCCCAGCCCCAAAGGUGGCCUUUGAUCAGCUCGAAAUCGCCUUUCAGAAUUUAGAGGCGGUGGUGCACACAAUGCAGAAGGUGUACCGGCCAACAGGGCUCACAGCAUUCCCUCAAGAUUUGCCGCAAGCCGAACAUGCCGCCGCCCUUGCAUCCGUGCGGGACCGGCUAACUCGAGAAGAGGCUGAGCUCCGUGUAAAUCCGCCAAAGGGCCCGUCCUUGGAAUAUGUGAGGGAGACAUCAGGGGUGCAGGUGGAGGGACUUGCACGGCGGCUCAUUCAAGAAUGCGAGAAGGCAAUGGAUUCCCUCAAGGACGUCGAAGAGCGUCGCUGGAAGCUGCAGGAUCGACGUCAGUGCCUUGAAAUGCGUCGAAACGAAUUGAAAGAGCGGCAGAAGUCACGCUCUUUGAUUCUGGAUGAGAUCGAGCUACUACAAAAGCAAAACAAUGAGCAUGCUGCAGCUCUACGCGAUCGCGAAAAGAAAUACCUGGAGAAACUAGUGGAGCACAGCGCUCAAGAAAAGGACAUCCAGGAUCGGAUCGGUGAGGUGGAACAGCUUGGCCACAAGAUUACAUCGUGGCUACGCAUCCUAGAAGACCGGGAUACUAAUCUGUCUGCAAAAGAAGAAAAGUUGCGCCGUGUACAAGCUGACCUCCAGCGCCGAAUUAAAGAUGUACAGGCCUACAAGGAACUAAAGAAUCGCCUCGAGACGCAGGCUCUGCGGAGGGAAAUCACCUCGGAUUGA